AUAAAAUUAUUUUCAGAUCCUUGUCUGGUCCAUUAUUGUAGAAAAGGUAGAGAAUGUAUAGUUGACGAUGGACAUCCGACUUGUGUAUGUCAAACCCAUUGCCCAACGUACGAAAGACCCGUUUGUGGUACAGAUGGUCAGAUUUAUUCGAACCAUUGCGAAAUUCACCGAGCUGCCUGCCUCUUAUCAACUUCCAUCACUGCCACUAGAUGGUCGUUUUGCGAAAACAUUGAGAAAGAGCAACUUUCUAAUACCGAUGUUAAUACUACUACAAAAAGCAUUGGGUUGAAGGAAAACGCAAUUCCAAUUAACCAGAAUGAGCAAUCAACUCCAAUGAACACAACUGCCUUCUCAGAAACGGAAGAAGCACCUCCAGAAGUUACUACUGAAGACCCUGAAUAUAUGGAUAAUGAGAUAGAUGAUGAUGAUGAUGAUGAUGAAAACGACAAAAAUGAUAUAUUUUCUGAUAAAGAAGAUUGCUCUAUGCAGGAAUACGAAGUGCUCAAGGAUAAUUUGUUACUUUACAACCACGCCAGGUUGAUGUCUCAGAACAAUCACAGCAAAGAUUAUCUGGUCUCCAUUAUGUUUUCUCAUUACGACAGAAACAACAAUGGAAACUUGGAAGCUACGGAGUUGAAUGAGAUAUCUGCUCAAGAGCGCCUAGAUACUCUGAGUAAAGGAUGCUCGUUAUCUAACAUGAUUCAAUUCGAUGAUACAGAUCAUGACGGGAAGCUUAGUAUCAAUGAAUUCUACGUGGCGUUUAGUAAACUUUAUAGUGUUUACGUUGUUUCCUUGGAUAAAGCUUUAGAAACAAAUCACCUAUCGGCACGUGUUGGUGAUAACGUCGAAAUAAAGUGUGACGUGACAGGAUCUCCGGUUCCUCCUAUAGUGUGGAGGAGAAACAACGUCGAUUUAGCUACACUAAACGAAGAAGACGUUAGAGUUUUUGGAGACGGCAGUUUAUAUUUGACCAGGAUUCAAUUGCAACACGCCGGAAAUUAUACUUGUCAUGCUCAGAGGAACAAGGAUAUCGUUCAAACGCAUAUACUUACAGUACAUACUGUACCUGAGGUUCAUGUAACUCCAAGAUUGCAGUCCAAGCGACCAGGAGAAGACGCUCUCAUGUUGUGUCAUGUGGCAGGCGAACCAUUUCCGAAAGUUGAGUGGCUAAAAAAUGAUGAACAUCUUAAAACGGAAAUUCCUAGAAAAUAUCAAAUUAUUGGCAAUGGUACUUCACUUAGAAUAAGAAACAUCGCCUUCGCAGAUACGGGUGCUUAUAUGUGUCAAGCAGCUAAUAUAGGAGGGUUGACCAGAGAUAUUAGUUCGCUAGUAGUGCAAGAACAACCGUCUCCAAGCUCUCCAGACGAAGAGCGUCGUUUUUUCGCUUUUCAUGAUUGGGGAGUAUCGAUCUAUGAACCAUCUACGUGUCGUUUAUAUCACAGAAUACAAUCUACCGAUAUUAUACCAGGAACACAAGAAUACGUAUGUGGCGACAAAGGUGUCAAAUGUGAAUGGGGUAAGGCCAUAAAUGUAGCAAAUAGAUACGUAUACGCCAGCCAACCUAACAGGGAUAGAAUUCUGAUAAUAUCCAAAGUGCAAAUGGUUGUUGUAGAUGUAGUUAGCACGGAUAAAUACCCAGUAGAAUUACAUCAUGUGCCUCAUCUGGAUCAAGUAUGGAUAUUGAAUUGGAGAUCUACAAAUAAUACCGGAAUCAAAACUAUACAGGUUAUAAGAGACGCUGGUCAGAAGAGGAAACAUCAUACAGUACACCCAGAGCCAAUAGAUGGGCAAUUUGAUUUGGUCACUGGAUUAUUUAUUCCUUCUCCUUUACAGGAAUUAUCUCACUAUAGCUUCAAGUACGGAUACGUGACUCAUACUAAUCAAAGGGGAUUGUACAAAUUAGAUUUGGUUAAUCUGCGUUAUACGAGUUCGGUGGAUCUUACGCCUUACAACUGUGUACCGACUCAAGUUAGAUUUUCUUCAUUGUACGGUAUUGUGAUAAUGCAAUGUCUGGAACCGAUAACUAGUAGACCGACAGGACAGCUCGUUCUAGAUUAUUUAACUGAUAGCGUUAUUGCUAUCAAGCCAAAUCUACCAGGAGUACCAUACAUUUCGCCAGAUUCCAGAAAACUAGUCACAUUAGACCGAACUACCAGUGGUGCUACACUCAUUGUCCAGGAAAUUACGUCAAAUGGAUUAUCCUUCAACUUCGAUGUCAAAACUACUUUGAACAUAUCGGAUAUAACAUUCUAUCCAAGUCAAUCAACACACAGCUACGACAUCUAUGCGUCGGCUCAAGAUAAAGAAGGGAUACUUUUUCUCAAUCUAUUAACUGGUAAAGUAGAAAUGAUCACUGGAGUGGGUAGAGCAGUUCCUCUUCAUCUAAUAAAAUGGAGUAACCCAAAUAGACCGAUCAGCGGAUCUGGACUUUUUGGACAGUAUAUGGUAACUCCAGCUAACGAAGCUUUAUUUGUUAUUAACGGCAGAUCGAGAACAGUGAAUUGCGAAAUCGGAGGUGUGCUACAUCCCAGUCAUGUUGUGUGGACAACAUUGAAAUUUCAUUAGUUAGAAAAUUUUUCAUGAAGUAUUAUUUUCACGUCCCCAAGAAGCACUAACAAGAUCACCGUAUUCAAUGCCUCUACGGGAUAGGAUAUUUAGCUCCUUAUUCCAUUUGUUUCAGUUUGUUUAUUCAGAUAUUGUGGACGUUUCAAUUGUAAUCACCUUUAGAGCCUUAUUUUUAUCGACAGAUACUAAGAUCAGCGAAUUUACAUAUAUACAGUACGAUUGUAUCAUUUAUGAUUUGAAACAUUCAUUUUAUAAUAUUGAGAUUCUAAAUAUGUAUCAACUUAUCAAGGAAAGGGUAAAUUUCAACUGAAAUCAUGUCCACUCAUGAUUCAUGACGGAAAUAAUUCUGAAUUAAUUAUUAAAUUAUCUACUAUUUGAUAUUCGAAUAAUUGUCAUGUGUAAUACGAAAGUCAAUCAAAUAUGAAGGAUCUUUUUCUUUGAAUAAAAUUCAUUUCACAAGAAACAGUUACAUUUCUAAAUUUUUCUAUAUAAUUCUAGCCUAACAUAACCAUUUUUUGCCUUGAGGUAGGGUGGAAGCCUUCCUUUGAGCUUUGUGUACGCCGCGGGAGGACAACGAGUUCUGAUAUCUUCGGUGCACCUAACAUUACCUAACCUAACUUAUCUGAUCUGACUUAACCUAACCUUAUUUUACACAACCCAACCUAAGCUUUAGACUUUUCAUUAGAAUGAAAUAAAUGGGGGCAACUCCUAAACCUCAUUUUAAGACUUGUUUAUUCGGUAUUUACACGGAACAUAUUACCUACAUAUAUCUUAUUUAUAUUCCGAAAAUGUAUUUCAUUCUAAUGCAAUGUCUUAAGCUUGUAAGUAUGAAGCUUUUAAACUUGGGGAUGGACGCAGGGGUUAAUUUUCUAAAAGGAACCGCUCAAAAAAGUAUAAGAAAAAAUAGAUCAAAAUUCAAAAGAAAGAAGUUAAGUUCUUUUCUACUAGAAGAAAUUCAAAUUUUAUUCCCAAAUUUGUUUUCCCUGCGCCCCUGCAAAGUGGUCAAAAAGAUUUCUCUUCAGUAUAAUACUACAUCUCCAUAAGUAAUUAUUGUUGUAAGAAUAAGUUAUAUUACGAUGAAAAUUUUGAAACCGACCUCAAUACUGAAGAUUCGUCGAAUAUGCUCUGAAGAAAACAAAAAUUGUGGCUCCUUAAAUGCUAAACAAAAUGUAGUAAUAGGCUCAAUAACGAAUAGGCUCAUUAUUCGAGACCUUUAGUUACCAUAUCUACUAUUUUUAAUGCUUCAAAAUUCCUUACAUUUUGUAGAGAGUAGAAAAUAUUCAAAAAAAAAACGUAUAAAAAACAUGAAAAAUCCUCGAAACUAGGCAAAUUGCGGUACCUCCUGUUUCCCCCCACCUCGACAUAUCGAGCUCAUAUAUACGUUGAAAUGUCAUAUUUGACCUCUACUACUCGAAUAUCAUACUGAAAAACGUUCCUGAAGAAUGUAUUCGAUCUAUUGAAGAAAAACCACAAUUUUGACGUAUUUGUCACAAAAAUCGAAAAAUGGGGAAAUUUUCAAUUUGAAAUUUGGGGCACUUCUCGAGGUCGAAUAUCGAAAGUAAUGACAUAUUUAUGUUCAGCAAGGUCAAAAUAUGUAAAAUAUACCCUAGGAACAUCAAAAUUGCUCAUCCCAUUUUUCCCGGGGGGGUGGAACCUCAAACCUCUUCUAUGGCGAAUUUUGAGGGGCUACCGAUCUUCAAAAUUUUAUUUUGGUGUCAUUGCCCAGCAUUCCAAUUUUCAUGCUUCUAUCAUUAAUUGCCACUUUUCCUUUAAAAUUCACUAUUUGCCACUGCACCUGAUGCUCUUUCCACCAGAUUGCCUUGCAAAACAUCUAUUGAAAUCAGUUAAUACUAUUAUGGACAUGGAAUAAACUAUUCUUAAGAUGACCUUUAAACAUUUAUACAAAAACUACUUUUUAAAUUCCAAACAUAUAUAAAUUCGAAAAAGUGGAAAUUGUCAAGCAUAAAAAACAACAAUAGAAUUUGAGAGUAAAUUUUCUGUCCACGGUCAGACUUAGUUUAAUAGCGCAUAGAGCAAACUUAUAAUCUAUUAAAGCUGAUGCGUAAUUGAAAUCCGGUUCUCAUUUGCAGGUUAUCCCAUUCAUUGGCUGCGAUCAAAUUGGGAAUUUUAAACACCCGGACGGUAUAUUAGUAAAUAGAAGACGUGUCUGCCAAAAGUCGCGAAUCGAUAUAAAGUAAUAUUAAAGCAGACGACAGAAACGUGAAUGUUGCGAAUAGCGAGCUGUAUACUGCUAAUGAAUGGAAUGGAUUUCCACCUGAAACACCUGUGAUUGAUCAAAUAAAAGAUCUAGAAGGCUCUUUAUUUUUGUAUAAAAAUCCCACCAUGAUAUUUAACACCGAUGCUACUUUUUCUAGCAACCUCAUGAUAUUUCAAAGCUGUGUGACAGUAGAAAAGUUUUGGAACAAACAUGUUUUCAUCAAAGUUCGUUAUAAUAAAACUUUAGUGCUCCGUCCCCUUUUUUGCAGUAUUUCAUAUGAAGAAAUAUUGUUAUCAAUUUCCACAUAUUAUUUCCUUACGCAUCUUUAAAUUUGGAAUUAUGUAUUAAUUAUACUCUAAGCUGGGCGGUAUAAGUAUCAGACGGACUCUGACCAACGCAUCUGCCGAAUCAACAUUCCUCGGAAUAAAGAUAUAAUGGUAUUUCCAUAUAUGCGCCAGGGUGGCCAUUCUAAUGCUUUUUUACGUAACUGUGACCGUUAUAUUGAUACCAUUGAUUAUUGAUUUAAUAUUUUUGGUAGUAAUUGCAAAGGAACGGAAUUUAAGUAAUAAUUGAUCUAAAUCACUGUUCAUAAAUAGUUUAUUUAAAGAAAGAGACGUAAAAAGGAAAUCCAGAUUUUCGUUAUACGUUACUUAUACAUUAGCUUUAUUUCCGGGAGUGGGCAGGAUCUUCUAGUUGCUUAUUUUUCUUCUUUUUAGUCUCUUCAAAUAGUUAGUAAAGUAUAGAAAUACAUGGUAAUGAACUGAUCACUUCUGGGGAGAAAUAUUUUAAAUGGGCUUAUUGAUAUUGAUUGAUUUCUUUGUAUUCACACAUGGAAAAAGUAGUUUGGAGUAUGAAAAUUGGAUAAAAUUUAUUAUAGCUUGAUUUUUGUAAGGUUAGGUUUACAUUAUUAUACUAUAAUUAGUAGGUGUCAUGAUAAAAUGAUAUAAAUCUAGUUCACCCCAACCUAACCCUAAAUCUCUUUAUCUAAUCUACUGCUGUAGAUAAACUAUUUUAAUGUGUAUUAUUAUUAACAGAGAAUCAUGACUGGAAAUAUAUGUUUCUCACACCUUAAAUCCCAAUUAAAAUUCAAAAUUACUUGUGAUACAUAUUUAUAAUAUCGUACUGUAUAUAUUUUACAUCACUCUGUGUAUGAAAAACACUUUGCUAAAAGGCUGAUAAAGUUGAGCGAGUUUAAUAGAUUGUAGAAUUCUGACCACUGCAUUGUAGAAUUCUGACCAUUGCCUGCUAGUGAAUUAGCUGCGGAUAAUUCAUGGUAAUUUGGUGAAAAAGACGUACUCGGAAGCUUUCUUUCUCUAGCUACUAGGUCACAGAAGGCUCAGUACUAAGCAGUUUGUCGUCAUUUCUGUCCUACUAACUACUUCGUUUCUUCUCCUAUAAUCUAGUAAACUCGGUUUAAUAUUUAUAGAAGAAAAACCAAGAAGUUUGAUGAGUUUCUAAAUCAUUUGACUGACAUGUUAUUUGAUAAGUACGAUUCUUCGGUUUCUACACUCACCCUAAGUUUGAAAUAAUGAUAAUAGUUAAAUCUGAGAAUAAAAAUUAAAUUAUUUUGUAUAAUAAAAGUGAGAUUUUGAUCAUGGUAGAAAUAGUUAAUAUAUUUCGUUAAUAGGUUACGGACUCUUUUAACACGUUGAGCUCCGGUGUGGUCCGUAGGUCUGCAAAUGAACUUUCCCCACAGCUCGGAUCAGUUCUAUCCACCGCACAAGGUAUAUUAUUCCAAACCUUCUCCAUGACUUUACGGACCGUAUUUAAACAGUUUAAUUGGUCCUUGAAACAUUACCCUAUACUUGGUCCAUUUGAUUUUUUUUUCUUGACUUUCAGCUGUAAAACAAAAAAGAUCUUCUUUUUCAUAUUUUUUUGUACUACUCAACAUAAUUCAAAUAACAUUUUCAAUUUAUGUCACCUUCACGUUACCUAUACCUAUUUUUGAUAAAUAUUGUUUUUAUGGGUAUAAAAAAUGACGAAUUUAAAAAAUUGUUGUUACAAUUACAAUUAUUUUUGCUUUACUGCAAAACACGGAUUACACGAAUAUCGUUUUCCAAAACAAACACUACAAAAAGUAAUCUCUUUCUAUACUCUGGAUUUUCCAAAAAUUUUUUGAUUUUUUCCUAAAAUCUUUCGUCUCCUUGUGACUUGGAUCUUCUUUCUUCGCUGGUCAAUGAAUCUUUUUAGUUUUGGCGUCGGUGGUGUAGUUUCUUUCUUCAGUAACUUCUUUGCUUUAUUCUUUUUUGCUAUUUCUUAUGAAGAAUAUGGGCAUUUACUAUUGCUGUACCAAAUAACAGGUCAAUAGCAAUUUUCCUAUACCCCCUCGACGUCUUUCUCAAAGAAGAUAUAUCUACAGGAGAUUUGCUGUUUCAAAAGUAUUCUUCCUAGAAAGCUUCCAUUUUAGUAUUGUUAUUUCUUUUUCGUUUUCUCUGCUCGUAAUUUCAUGUUUCUUCAGCUUCUUUUGCACGUCUAUGCACAGUCCUUUCAUGUUUUCUCGCAAUGUCUCCAAUAAAUAAGUUUGGUUUCCUAGCAGCUUUUCUGCUCACUCCAAACUUGUAUAAUAAUUGUAUGUUACAAUUUUUUCCUUUGGUCAAAAAAAUGUUCUACCAACAUUUUCGUAUACAGAUACUUUCUCUUCUCUUUCUUUCCUAGUAUAAAUUUUUAUUUUCUAUCUGUAUACCGCUCACAGCAAAGUUUAAAUACUUUUUAUACCGUAUUUAUUUGUUUUGUUUGGAAUGUAUUUGUUGAAAUCUGCUCACAAGAAUUUUCCUCAGUUAGUAUUGUCUAUUGCGCGUAUUUCUAAAUGUUUAAACAUAAAAAAAGCAGAUAAGUAAAUAUUACCUCACCCACAAGCAUUAUCUUUGAUCUUAUAUAAUAUUUUCUAAGACACAUUUUUGUACACUUUAUAUAAUAGUAUAUUACGUAACAAGUGUUGUAAGUAACCCAUAAAUUUCAUGAGUGUGUAAUGGGCGUAGAAAUCGUGUAACGUACUUAUACAUUUUAUACGUCCAUUCAUGCUCUUAAGAAAACGUGUCCUAUUUUUAAAGAAAUUGCAUAAUGGGCUGCCUACAUUUAGGAGCAUCACUCUUUCAUGCUCGCUCAUGCUAAAAGUUUUUAUGUUUUUUAAUUGACUAAAUUUGUGUAAAUAGACCAAAUAAAGUCUUACGUAAAUAAAAAUUUGAUUGUAAUUUAAUUGAACCAAGAAGUUCAAGUUUUCUUCUCAAAAUGCACGUGUAUGUUAUGACAUCUCAUUACGUGAAUGUUAUUGUUAAAUGUCAUUUACAAGGAAUGUUGACAGUGCGAUUUCUGACGUUUACAGACAUGGACGUAGAAAAAAACUUGAAUUAUUGUUCAAAGCAUAAUAAAACAAAAAAAAUUAUUUUUGUUUUUCUACACUACACGUAAGGUGUAGUAAAUGUAGUGAAAAUAUUCAUUUCGAAUAAACAGUACUGAAAGUGAUGUUUUUUGUGUACCGUCUAUAGCACCGGUAUGGCCCUGGGGAGAAUUUUAGCGGCAAACUUCACCUCGGGCCCACAGAGAGCCUAUGGAUCGCACAGAAAAAACAUUAUUUUCUCGCACUUUUUAUUUCAAAUAAGUUUUAGAUUUAUUUUUCCUCGGAUCCACACCCCAAACAUGAAAAAUACUAAAAAAAUGUUUGACCUAGGAGAAAGUUUAUCAGUUUUGGUUGGGGCUCAACGUGUUAAAGCAGAUUUCAUCCCCUAUUUUAUAUAUUUUCACAUUAGCGAGAAUAUCAUUAAUUUGAGAUGUUUUUCUAUAAAGCUACACAACCAUUACAAUUUGACGUAAAAAAAUUUGUGCACGAAAUAAUUUGUUUUUCUAUUAAACUAAGCAUCAUUAUCAUGUCAUCAAUAUCGCUAAUAUUUAAUAUUGAAAAAAUAAAUAAUGACAAUAACUUUUUGAAGUCCUCAGCCACUUAGAACUAAUUUCACGUUUCGUACUCAUAACGCCAUUCUCAGAUCUUUUUUCUACGUACUCAUCAAACGUCAGUUGAAAGAAAUACACAGAGUGUUAACGCAGAGUUUGGAAUUUGGAGGAAUAUUCACUUUUAAAAAUAAUAUUGUCCUAAGCUAUGCAACCAACAAAUGAAAAUCGUUUGGAAAGUAUUAUUUUAUCUUUCCAUUUUUUCUCUACGACGUAUAAUAUGUACAAUCUGCUCAACCAAAGCAUUCAACAAUACCAAGUACAAGUUAUUUGCUCUUCAUUCUGUUAUUAUAAGAAAAUGAUUCUUUUGUUUUAUUUCUGUAAAUGAUUUCUCGCAAAUUGAUAAUAAUGAAAGAGUGACUAGAAGUUUGUAAGUUUUCACUCCUUUUCUGUAAACGUUUACAUUACGUGAUUUUCUGAACCAAUUGUGGCCACUUUGUCUUCCUGUGUGUUAUAAGGAGAGGUUGUCUAUUACAAUGACACUAUUUGAAGAUAGGUUAGCUAAAAGUUAUUGAAUCAACAAUUUCUUAUAAUUCAUGAAAUUAUUCUCACCUUGGUAAUCUCCUCUUCACUCUCAUUACCGGCAGCUACUAUUAUAAGACAUGAAGUCGUACAUUUUGCACGUCUAAUUCUUCUUUCUUCAAGAUUGCUUGAAUUCCUUGGCUUAUUUUGAUAUUUGAUAAACAGACUACAGGUAAAAGAUUAUUCUAGAAUGCUGCAACUUGAUGAACUGACAAGAGAAUAUACGGUAUCCUUAGAAGGUAUAUCAGGUGCAAUCGAAGCCAACAGCAAACCUGUAAUGGGAAUCCUUUACUAUUUACUACUUAAGGAAUAGCGCAAGCUGUAUGAAGGGGAAAAACUAAGAGACCUGGCUUCAAUCGUUGGGUUGCGGGCAGGUCUAAAUCAUCAUAGUUAAAAAACCUCUUAGACUGGCUUACUGAAAUACUGGUAAUAACACGUACGAAAAUCAGGUAUAACAGAUACAAUACAAACAGGAUCGCUGAUCCGAAUAGAGGAUGAACGAUGCACAUCCUCUUUCACUGUGAACACACAAAGAAAAUUCUUCGGAUUUGUUUAAGUGGAGAAACCUUGCUUCUAAAACAUCUAUACAAGGAAUAUUAUUCAAAGAGGAAUGUAAAAAAAUUACCCAGGUUCUUAAAACCAACAAGGAAUCUCCAUUCCUGGUGAUAAUAUUGGUAAGAGAAUAAGAGGGUAGGAAAAAUAUUUGUUAUGAUUCACAAACUAAACACAUUCGAAGAAUUUCCUUAUGUGCUCAUCAGUUAUUUUUUCGUCUUCAAUUAUGACAAUAGACCGUCCAAAUUGUUCUUCAUUGUGAAAAUGUGACCUGUCACAUACUGUCACACACAUUCUUCUUUCUUUCCUAAACUAUGGAAUUAUUAUUUGUAGCCUGGGUCAAAAUAAACAGGUGCUAUUUAGUGACAUUUCUUCAAAUCUCUUCUAUUUUUACAAAAAUACAACUAACAACCUUUCCACCAAUUGAAUCUAGAAGAUGCCUUUCAUUCUACUGGUUCCGUUCCCUGAAAAGAAAACACGCUACAGUCGUAUUAGAUUUUUCACUCAUUAAUGAAUUCUCAUUUUCUUUCAUUCAUUCAUUCAUUUUCAUUCUCAUAAAAUGUUACAGUGAAUGAAAGGAAGCCGUUGGGUAUGAUUCACUAGGAUAUCGUAACAAAGACGUGUCAAUCAGUGAUGAGCAACGCUCGAUACUAACAGUUAGUUUACUAAUAGACGUGGUACGCGCCGUUACUAAGCAGCUGAAGAAUCGAGACAGACGAUGGAUGCUACUGGAGUUAGAGAAGACAAGUGACGUCGUCAAACGUAGGACAUCAUUUCCAAUGACUUUCAAUCGAUUCACUGUGACAUUCCAACGCAUUUCUCUCUCGGAUAUUGGCUAUUUUCAUGUUACACUCAACAAUUGACUGAUUGCAAUGCCUUCGCUGUAGUACUACCAGUUAUAACAGAGUCAUCUAUUAUCCUUAUACAUAUUAAACGUGUAGAACAUCUACAAGACACUUAUACGUUCGUGAUCCGUUCACAUAUCUACAUAAAAAAAAUAGUUGUCACGACUUAUGCCUCAACCCUUAUAUAUUGUAUUACUGUUAUAGAAUUUUUUAAAACAAAAAAGUGAAACAAAUUUAUGGACUGGUCACUCUAGUACGCAGGUUUAGUUAGUUGAUGAGAAAGUGACUCAUAUAUUGGUUAAUAUUGACAAAAGUGAAAAAAUAUCUCAAAUAAAUAUUAUUAUAUUACAUUUUUCUAGUACAAAUUAAAUAAAAUGUGCAGCUAGAAAUAUUCCUUACCUGAUUUUUAUGCCUUAGUUAAGUGCCUUCAUUACUAUUAAUAAAAAAUUGAAUAAUUAAUUGCAAAGUUUCAAUAACUACAGAUAACUAUGAUUUCAGAAACCAAUGUACUUUACCUGAGACAACUAAUCGCUUUUAAUAGCAGGGGACAUUUUUCUUCAUGAGUUCUCUUACAUUUCAGUCCCUCAAUCUCAGGUUUAUAUCUAUCAUUGCACGUCUAGUGUAUGAUGUUCAUCUUAGAGUUGAUUAUUCUUCAAGUGUUUCACGUGGAGACUUCCAUUUCAAUAAUCAUUUUGACCAAUUAGGUUCUAAUAUUUUUUACGUAACAUCGCAGUGCUCCCUUUUCUGAGAUUCUUAUUUUAUCGGCUCUUAUGACUCCAAAUCGACUAUUCUCAUUUUAUUCCUUAUUUUGCUUUAAAAUAUUAUUUUUCAAUAGUCUUUCGUUAAAUUUUUGUCUGUUAGAAGUCCAAGGGGAAUACUUUGUGUCUUGUUUUCCUCGGGCUAUGCAUCUCACACACAUACUAUCUGUGGGUGUUUUGUCGAUCCUAAAUAAUUCUGAGCUAGGCAGAUAUUAAUAAUUUCCUCCUUCAAAACUUCAUUUACAGUUUAUGUUUCAAUAACUACAUAUUCAGUUCAAUUCAUACAUAAACACCCAUAAUUCGUAUCAGUCUUUCAGCUUUGUUAUCAUAUACUCCACGUCUUCUUUUUCCUGUUAAAAACAAUCAUCUGCGAAUAGUAGUACAUUGUGGCAGUAUACCCAUCCUACCACAUUUUCUGCACCAUUUUUAUAUGGCCUCUUUCGUAGAGAAAUAUAUGAAAAAAUGUGGGCAGUAUACCGCAUCGUUGUUUUAAUAUCUUUUUUUAUCACUAAAUUAUCGUAAUUUGCGACAAACACAUAUGAAGAAUCUCUUUCUUUGAAAUUAAUGCAUUAAAAUCUUUGCAUUGGUUACAGUAGUUUGAAUUCUGUUCUCGGUAUUUUGCAGAAUAUAAGCCUUUGGUUGGAUUGAUAGUACAUACACUUGUGGUAGUAGACGGAGAGCCUAAAUAACUGUUUGAAUUUACUAAGAUUGUGUACAUAAUAGGUUUGUUCCAACCUGCUAGUCUGAACGUUUAUUGGAAGCGUUUAAAUGAUAUUUUCUGCGCAAUCUCCGGCUAUGCGCGGUUCUUGUGACCAGUACUUGCUAUCAACCAAGUAUUGAAAAGACCGUCCCGGAUACGGUUCACUAACGAUACCCAAGUCGAUUGGAACACAAAACAGAGUCGUUCAUAUUGCGCAGAAUCGUGACCGUACCAACGACGGUUUUUACAUGGGUUGGAACAAACCUAAUAAAACUGUUAAAGUUAGUCAAACGAGACUGAGUACUAUCAAAAGUAUCUUACAUGCCAAAGUCAUGAGGUGAAUUUAAAAAUGCGGAAGGAGUUGAUCAGUGGGAAUCCAUUAAAUACGAUGCUAGUAAUAGAAGUGUGAUUUUUUUGUUUGUUUGCUUUUAAGAUCAGAGUUGAUAAUUUUUGAGACAAAAAAAAUAAUAGUAGGAUGAAACCCAGUGGAAAAGAAGGAGAAUAUGAUAAAAAUAAAAAUAAAAAUAAUUUACUGCCGAUCUGAGGUCGGAAACGGAGAAGGCGUGAGUUUUUAAGGGUAAAAAAUAGUUCAUCUUGAAAAAAUCAAGGUAAUUAUCUAGAAAUUAUCCCCUACCCCCUAUCGGCUUGGGGUUGUAGGGGGUGAUAAAGUAAAGCUUACUGAACACAAAAAAAUUAUUCCAUCCGUCGGUCAUCCCUUGUUAAAGAAAUAGAAAGGGUUAAAGAAUAAAUUGAAAAACUAAAAAUUAACGAAUAAUAAAUUUUAUUUGAAAAUAUAUAGACAAAAAUAUAGUUAAUUAGCGGAAAUAAUAUGUGAAAAAUAUAUUAAAUCAAUUUAGUGGAAUUAUGAACAAUUAUAAUUGUUAAUUGAGGUAGCCAUAAGUAAUUAUUAUUUUAUCAUAGAAAAAUACAUAUGGCAAAAUUGAAAAUUCAAUAAAUAUUUUUUUAUGGUAAAAUAGGGUAAAAAAAGGAUCAAGAGGUGUGAAGGGGUGUUGAAAGAGCACGGAAAGAUUUUGUAUAAAUAGUGUUAACUUAAAAGCAAUGACCGACGGCCCUCUAACACCCCCUCUUGUAGUUUUGCCAGAAAUCGAGAUGAACCGUUUUUUACCUUUAAAAACUCACCUCCUUUCCCUAGUUUCCCUAAUUAUUCUUUCUAUCAUUUUUAUUUUUAUUAUGGUCUCCUCCUUUUCCUAUAGGUUUCAUCACACUAUUAUUUUUUUCACUCUAUAUUAUUUUUCAAGGCUUUUAUCCUGGUCUAUUUGUGAAGAUAUUAUAUUAAAUAUUAUAUUAAAUACAUUAAAAAUAUUUAGUCAUCGACUAAGCAAAACCAGCGUUAGUCAACAAAAAAUAUAAAUAUAAUUAUCAUUGGCAUGCAGGCGAAAAAUCGUUUUACAUAAUAAAUAGAAAAAAAUUUGAAUUCAUUCAAUUGAAAUAUCGGUUUCUUUUGAUAAAUUUGAACCUGCUUAAAAUAAUAGUCCUGUUUUCCUUAGAUUAGUUAUUUAUGAAUCUCAGGAAACGACAAGCCUUUAAUGUGAUUAUAUCAAAUCUACACUCACAAAACAACAAUUUUUCAACAACUAUAACUCAAAUCGCAUACAAUUUUCGAUUGAAUUUUCACAUUUGAAAUAUGGUCUUCAAAAACUUAUAAUAUUUAUUACUUUUUUUUAUGUGUUAAUUCUUCCAUGUUAUUUAUUUGGUUGUAUAAGAGAUUCUAGAUGUUUAAUAAUUGUUAUUGAGCAGUUACCAACGAUAUAUCCCCUCAAACGGAUAUUGCAAAUUUAAUAAACGCAGAAACCUAUCAAUGACGCGUCAUGACGUCAUGACGUUGCUCAAGGGAAUUAAUAGUAGACAACCAUUUGAGGGGAAUACAGGGAAUACGUAACUUUUGAAGUUCAAAAAACCAAAGACAAUUGGAAUAACCCUUAACUGAUUGCAUUUACUGACCGGUCUACAAGGGUAGAAAGCAUCAUAUCAUAUGAUUACAACCCAAUUAACUCGAUUAGUUUAUGAAUAAGAAAUAACAGAAUGAUGAAGAUACCAGAAUAAGUACAAAGGAAGUGGAGGAAGCUCAGAGAAAACUAAAAAACCGAAAGGCUACAGGCAGUGAUGGAAUAGCAAAUGAACUUUUAAAAAAUUGUGGGAAAACAAUGACUGAGCAGUUGACACUGUUCAUUAACAAAAUAUUAAAACAUAAAAAAGUACCUGAAGAAUGGAAAACAAGUAUACUAAUUCCACUGUUUAAAACAGAUGACAGAAAAGAACCGGAAUCUAUAGAGGAAUAAAUCUUCUAAAUACUACUCUAAAAAUGACAACCAAAAUUUUAAUCCAACUAAUAAAUCAAAGAAUAUCUUUUGAGAAGGGCAACAAGGUUUUAGAAGUGGGAGAUCAUGUACAGACACAGUAUUUGUAACUAGAAAAAUCACAUAGAAAGCUCUAAAAUUUAAUCGACCGGCGUUCAUUUGCUUAAUUGACUUGACAAAAGCUCUUGACAGAGUUAGAUUGAAAGACGUGGUUCACCUUUUAUACAAUAGACAAAUACCGAUGGACAUUAUCAAAACAAUCUAAGACAAAUACAAGGACAACAGAAUAGAUGCUAGAAUUGACGGACAACUUACAGAGGAGAUAAACAUAGGCACAGGUAUAAAACAAGGAGAUUCCUUAAGCCUCCUACUUUUUAAUCUCAUAAUGGAUGAAAUAAUAUAGGCAAUGAAAAGGAGGAGAGAUUAUAAGAUGAGAAAUAAAAAUUCUCUGCUAUGCAGAAGACGACCUACAAAGAUUGGUCCACAAGUUCAACAUAGUAGCAAAGAAGAUAAACAUGGUAAUUUCAUCCCAAAAAACAAAAGCACUGGUCAUUAGCAAAGAACCAAUUAGACGUAAGAUAGAAAUUGACGGUACCAGCGUUGAACAGAUUAUGGAAACUAACUACUUAGGCAUCACACUAUCAAGCUAUGGAGAUGCAGAAUCAGAAGUAAAAAAACAAAUACAGAAAGCCAAUAGAGCAGCCGCAUGCCUCAAUAAUACAAUAUGAAAAAACAAACAUAUUAGAACGGAAACUAAGACUAGAAUUUACAAAGUUGUUAUAAGAUCAAUAAUCACAUACACAUCAGAGACGCUGCCGGACACGUCCAAAACACAAAGAAUGCUGGAAACAGCUGAGAUGAGAAUUCUGAGGAGAAUCACGGGGAACACACUGAGAGAUCGAGUAAGUAGCGACUAGAUUAGAACAACAUGUAAUGUGGAGAAGAUCAACGAGUGGUUAUUGAAUAGUAAAAAAGAAUGGAACAACCAUAUAAGUAGAAUGAGAGAUGAUAGGGUAGUAAAUAUCGCAAGAGACAAAUCGCCGGCCGGGAGGAGAAGUGUCGGUCGACCCCAUUAGCGAUGGAGAUGAUAUAACUUACAAGCACAACAAAAAAAAAUAAAUAGUCAGAAUUGCCUAUAGAAAAGAAGAAGAAGUUUUUAAACAUCAAUUAACGUGAUCCCUGGUAGUUGUCGAAAAAUCAGGUAAUAAUCGCAUCUUGCACUCACAGGCGAGGUGUUCCGUUCAUUUUUUUGGUUCCUCGCAAAAACUACAAGAGCUGUUAGGAGUUUCUUUGAUGUUUCAAUUUACCGUUCAGUGUCAAUUAAUCUUACCAGGAACUCUCCUUAAUUCGUCUUUGCUUAGAGAAAAGAUCUAUUCGGUCCAAUUAGUAUAUUGAGAUGUAUUCCAACUUGUGAUCUUGUUCCGAUUUCCUCUUGUUUUUCCACAUUUAUGAUCAUGACUUAUUGACUUUUUACAAAAACUAUUGAGGGUUGUGGUCUUAUAAAAUCAGUUGUCCUGCCUUUCUUUCCUCGGUGAGCUCAUGUUGAUUGCCACUUUAGAAUAACUUUGUUUUUACCUCUCAGUGAGUUCACUUGCUUGCAUUCUCAAAUUAGCUUUGAAAUAAACUUGGAGUCAUGUACUUGGAGAGCAAUUCUGCUAUUCGGAACACUGAGUAUCUUUGCAUCACGAUACUUAGCGUAUGUUCGGAAAAUAGAAGGUUAUGAGCCCCUUGGGAUAGAGAACUUCUCUUUUUUUCGAUUGGCUGGAAACGGUACUCUUCAUUCCUACACAAAGCAUUUCAUUCAAUACCUAGGGUCAUCUAGGAAGAAUCUUCAGAUUAUUACUUGGAUUUUUGAUGAAAUUUUUUUUCUUGGAAUCGAUGUUAUUCAAGAAUUAAAUGCCAUUAUUUUAAUAGGUCUUUCGCCAUUUUUGGAUAAUUUAAUCGGUGUAGAACAUCUGUGGUUAAUUAUCGCCUUUAUUUUUCAAAUAUUUUCAACGAGAAAAUAUUGCAAAGAUUGAAACGAAUGUUAGUCACUCGAUGCAAUAUACAAGUACAUUCUAUAAACUCGAACUUCUUGAUUUUUCUUUUGUAGUCUUAACGAUUUGUAACAGCACAAUACUGAAUCAACCGCUUGACAAUGAUUCAUCAUUUCAUGGUGUAAAAUUCGCUUCCAAUCUUACCGUAGACACAGUACAGUCCUUUAUAUUACUCCGCCAGGAUCUUUUACUUUUAACGUUAUAGUAUCAACUUUGCACCCAAAUGUAGUUCUCUUUUUUAUAUAUCCAUCCUAUUUUAAAGUGUUGAUAGUUGAUACUCGAUGUAUCAGCCAAGUCUUAAGGGUUUACUUGCUAAUCUAUAUUGAUCAGUUGUAAAAUUUAAUCGACUUCUGUAGUAAAAGGCCUACCAAAUCAUGACAAAUUUCCAACACGGAAAAAAUUUUUUAUUUAAGCUUUCCAAACGUUAUAGAUUUUUCUAUUGUGAAAAAGCGUAGCUAUUUAUUUAUCGGAACUUCUUACUAACACAAUCAUAAUUAACAAAUGGCUGUCUGUUACUAUAAAUAAACAAAGAAUUCGAUAAAGAAAAAAGCAAACCAUCAAAUGGGAUGCUGAGUAUACGCGGAUUAAACGAGGGUUGUGUUUCCUCAACCUCCGAUGAGCUGUAAAGAAAAAAAGGGUGAAUGUACAAAAAGAUUUGAUUACCAAUAGUAAGGUACAAUACAGGUUAUUCCUCUACAUAAUUAUCUUGAUGAUUGAUGCAACACCUUCUUUGAGCUCCACGUUAGUUUGGAAGCGUCACACUCCAAGCCACUACUUCAGUUCAGGUAAAAAACGAAAAUCUAGGGCGGGGACUAUAUGGUGGAUGCUCGAAAAUAUUACACGAGUGCUGUGGAAACGAGCAUUUUCAUGGAUCAGAACAAUUCCAGUAGUCAGCAUGCUUCUUCAUUUGUUUUGAAUAGCUCUCCUUAAUCUUCGCAAAGUUUCAACAAAUGAAUCUACAUUAAUUAUUGUAUCAGGUUGCAUAAACUCCACAAACAAUACACUAUUUUGUGGGUUCCAUUAGAGAUAGAAUUUUUAUGCAUCCAUUGUUGUGAUUAUCGUUUCGGGCCUUUUAUACAGAAUCCAUGUCUUAUAACCUUCCACAAUGGAUUUCAGAAUAACUUCUCCGUCAGUAUUGUAGCGGUGAAGAAACUCCAAAGCUGCAUCUAUUCAGCGAGUUUUGUAGUUGCCUGUCAACAUCUUUGGAACUCAGCUAGAGCAAACUUUUCUGUAGUGCAAUUGUUCAGUAACGAUUUAGUACAGGGCAGAUCUUGAAACAUCCGGAAAUUGCGUCGUUGAAUCAGUUCGAGUUUCACUUACCUCCUGGUCAACUCGCUGUACAAAUACAGUUGCGUCGUUGACCCCCUUCAUCAUGAACAUCUUUAAAUUUUCGAUACCAUUCACAAACAACGGCAUUAUUCAUAAAAAUGUUUCCGUAUACUUAUUUCCCGAUGAAUUUUCUGCUUGCAAGAAACGAAUAAUAGCUCGCAAUAUAUAUUUGGCGGCACAAACAAAAGAAACAAACAUGUUUAUGAGAUAGUAACUCAACGGGAAAUUACCUGUUGGAAUCGCUAGUGACAGAGUGUUUGAGCGGGAAAGAUGCGAAGUCACCUAAUUCGCAGACCAAUCACAUGCUGCAUUCCUGAUCAUUAUACUUUGCGUACAGAGGUUAUAAAAAACAAAUCCUGUAUAUUUGAACUUUUCCUAUCAAGUUACGUUACGUGCCUCUGUUGGGUUUAUUCUGUAACUGACUACUACUUAAAUAUAGAAAAUAAUAUUUAAUUUAUCUAGAAAGGUUUUUAAAUAUAGUGAAUCUAUUUAAUAUUAUUUAGUUUUUGUAAAUACAUCGCAUCAGAUUCCUGUCCAUAGUUAGCUGACGAACUGCCAUGAAUUUAUUUGUAUUUAUAACAAUUUUCGGAUAUGUAGAAAAUCUAAUUACUUUGGAAGGUAUGAUGCCUUGUUCUUAGUGUCUUUUGACUAACCGCAGGGUUUGUGUACCUAGUAAUUCUAAUAUGACAAAAACUAACCUUAAUAAAUUUAAAAACUUUUCCAAUUUCUUUUUCUCCGUCUUUAGUUUUCAUAGUAAAAACUUUUUUCUCAUGUCAUUAAACACAAAAAUAAUUGAUUACAUAAUUUGUUAAUGUACUAUAUCAUUAUAAAUAAAAAAAUAGUGUCCAAGAAACUCGUAGAUCUAUAUGAAAAUAUAUUUUAUAAAAUUGUAGUAAAAACGAGUUACCCAAAAAAAAAACGGUUUAUCAAUAUUUUUGGGAGAAACAAUAUCUCUUAAACAGUACUUAGACAUGUAUAGAAUGUGUUCCAAAUGUUUACAAAUAGUUUCGACUCAUUAUUUUCAGUAAAUAACAAUGGUUCGAAUUUGCAAAUGUUUGGUUCACACUAUAUAAACUACUUAAUGAAAUACAGAAUAAAAUUGUUAUAUUUAGUAUUUCCAUAUAUUAUUUUUUAGUAAUUAUUGAAUGUAGUUUUGUGAUAAAAAUGAUAUUUUAUAAGAAUAUUACAUUAUAUCCUUAGAGAAGCUGCAGGGAUAUAUAUUAUUUAAUGGAACUGGUAACACCAAAAAUUAAUAUGUUCUAUUUCGGCGAAAAUACAAUUCUAAUCUAAGAUAAAUCCUUUCACAUACAUACAUGAUAUUCAAACAAUAUUUUGGACAAUCAAUUUUUUGCAGUAUAAAAUGUGUUAACUAAUCGUAGAAAAAUAAUAAUACAAUCAAAUAAUCCUCAGAUUUUACUUAUAGUUGCUUCUAUUCAAUUUGAAAAGAAUAACACUUCUGAUAAAAAGGUACAAAAAGCAUAAAGAAUAAAGUAAAAAAGUUUUGAUUGCCCCCACAAACAUAACGGGAGAAAUUUGGAGAUAAGUUAGCCAGAAACUUUUCUAUAGAAUAUUGAAAUGCUGUAGAAGUUAGGAAAAGCAGAAAAAUAUAGCAAUUAAGAACCAGACAGGAAAAGUAUCAGUGAAUGAAGUAGAUAAAGUGGAGCGCUGGUGAGAAUAUUUUGAAAAACUACUUAACACAGAAAAUGAAAGAGACGAUGAAACAGAACCUUAUUGAGAUGAAGGUGAUGGAAAACAGCUGAAGAAUGGAGGCACCGGGAGAUUAUAAAAUCACAGCCGCGAUAAUAAGGAACCUGGGAAAUAAAGCAGCUCUGCUAGAAAUUUUCAAUACAGUAUGGAUGGAAAAAAAGAUCCCUGAAGACCGGAAAACGGGUUUUAUACCAGUGCAUAAGAAGAAAAACAGCAAAAGAUGAUUAAUUGCGGUGGUUAUAGAUGAAUACUCCUGUAAUAUGCGCCACUGAAGCAGUUAGAACAAAUAAUCGAAAAGAGAAGGCCAUAUAUUCAGUAUAAAAGGUAUAAUUCGCAAAAAAAUGAACUAAACGAGUAAGUUUUGCAUUCCUAGAUAUGGAAAAAGAUUUCGAAAGAGUCCCACCAACGAAAAUAUGAAAAAAAGAAAUGUUAGCAGCAAAUUAACGAGAGUUACUAAAUGCUUGUACAAAGAAACGAGAAAUGAGAUUAUAAACAAAAUAUUGAAAUCAAAGACAUUCACAACACAAAGUUGUGCAAUAAGCAAGUAGUCUGGGCCCAGUACUAUUCAUAGCUUCUAUGAAUUGAGUAAUUAAAAAUGCAGAAAAGGGAAUUGAAUCACUUAUAGCAGACAUCAAUAAGGAUCUACAAGAAAAUUCGAACAUCUGGAACCAAAUAUUGACAGAAAACGGAAUGAAAAUGAAGAUACAAAACCAAAGAUAUGUUAGCAUCAAAUAUGAAGGAAAGAAUUGAAAUCAGGGUUCAGUAAGAACUUAUAGUUAUUACCUUCCAAUACCUAGGACUUAUGUUGAAAGAAACAUGAAAAUAGGUUUUAGAAUCAAGCAAUAGAAUAUAAAAGGCAUUAAGCAAGCAAAUGAGGAAAGAAUCUUCUAAGUAACAAAAAUGAAAGUUUACAAAGCAUUCUACAGGUCAAUUCUCAAAUUCUUACAUAUGUCGGUGAUUCUAAAAUAACUUAGAAGUGUGAAAGGAGUAUCUAGAAAUGGUGGACUUUGAAACUAGCUUAUAAGAGAAGAUUUAAAAAUUGAACCCAUACAAGAAUUCAUAGAAAAAAAAAAAAAAGGAUGGUUGAGUCACCUACAAAGAAUAGAUAGAGGGAGAAGGAAAAAGGAAGAUCACGAGCAAUAUGAAACAACACGCUACGAAAAAUGUCAAAAAAGAUGCACGCACCAUCGGCACUUUGAAUUGUCUGAUUGUGUGAGGUAAAAAGCCCAGUAUUCAGUCGAAUUUAGCUCUUGUUUAUGUAUAGCAAUUUAUCGGUAACAAUGGCCAAUAUAUGUUUACCCGUUUGUCAUACAAGCAGAGUACUUAGCUAACCAUUUAGCUACAUUAAGAAUAGGCUUUGGGUCCAUUGGAGGUUUUGAUGAUCCCACUCUGACGAGUGAAUGAAAAUCAGAAUAUGAAAAUAUUGUGGGCAACUAGAAUCAUAAUUUCCCUAAAUUUCAAUGGCACACUUGUUUAUCUAAUGAGAAGAAAUAUUUUGAGCGGUAGCUAUAUGAAUAUUAUUCACGUACCUAUACAGAGUAUUUCAAAUAGAGGUGACCCCGUCUUAAGGGUCUUAAGGGACUAUUUCAGUAACGCCAUCUGUGUUAAAAUUUUUAUCAAGAAUUUAAUACUACUUGUAUAUGUAUAAGCCUCCAAAAAAAAAACAA